GGUGAUUGGUUCCGAUCUAGUGGAGGAGGCUGAGCCUUCUUAGAAGUGGGCUCUCGGCAAAGCAUCGAUAAGGAAGACAAUCAGAGGAGAGGCGGACGAUAGUCCUGGUGUUGUUUCGAGAUGGCGGAAGCUCACCAGGCUGUGGCGUUCCAGUUCACCGUCACGCCAGAGGGCAUCGACCUGCAGCUGUCCUACCAGGCUCUCACCCAGAUCUACCUUUCAGGCCUGCGCUCCUGGAAGAAGAGGCUGAUCCGUGUCAAGAACAGCGUGAUCAGGGGGCUGUACCCUGCCAGUCCAUCCUCCUGGCUCUUUGUGGUCAUCGCCAUCCUGGCCACCAUGUACACACGCUCUGAUCCCUCCAUGGGCCUAAUCGCCAAAAUCCAGGAGCACCUGCCCGUGAGCCAGUCCCUCAGUCUUCAGUGCCAGACUGUGGUGUCAGCGAUGCUUUUCAGCACCCUCCUGUGGCUCUUCCUGAUCUUCACCAUGCGCCUCUGCCUCAAGCAGCUGCUUUCCUACCAUCGCUGGAUGUUUGAGCAGCAUGGGAAGAUGUCUAACACUACCAAAGUGUGGAUGGCUCUGGUGCGGAUCUUCUCAGGCAGACAGCCCAGGCUUUAUAGCUACCAGGGUGCUCUCCCUAAGCUGCCUGUCCCUGCCAUCAAAGAUACCAUCAAGAGGUACCUGGAGUCUGUGCGGCCUUUGAUGAGCGCCUCUGAGUUCGAGCACAUAUCUGAGCUUGCCACAGAGUUCCAGAAAGGCCUAGGAAAUCGUCUGCAAUGGUAUCUCAAGCUCAAAGCACUCUGGGCGACCAACUACGUGAGCAACUGGUGGGAAGAGUACAUCUACCUCAGAGGGCGGGGGCCGAUCAUGGUCAACAGCAACUACUAUGGCAUGGAUUUUCUGUAUGUGACACCAACACCGAUCCAAGCUGCCAGGGCUGGAAAUGCUCUUCAUGCAUUUCUUCUCUACAGGAGAAAGCUCAACCGAGAGGAGAUCAAACCUAGUCGAAUCCCAGGCAGCAUCAUUCCCCUGUGUUCCACUCAGUGUGAGAGGAUGUUCAACACCACACGCAUUCCCGGAAAGGAGGCCGAUAUAGUACAGCACUGGAAAGACAGCGACUAUCUGGCUGUUUACCACCGGGGCCGUUAUUUCCGACUGGGGAUGUACAAUGCGGGCAGGCUGCUGUCUCCCAGGGAAAUUGAGUUCCAGAUCCAAAAAAUCCUGGAUGACUCCUCCCUACCUUCAACUGGAGAAGAAAAGCUUGGGGCACUGACAGCAGGAGACAGGAUCCCAUGGGCCAAGGCUCGGAAGCAGUUUUUCAGCUCUGGGGUCAACAAGCGUUCACUGGACUGCAUUGAAAAGGCCGCUUUCUUUGUUACCUUGGAUGACGACGAACAUGGCAUGAUGGGACAUGAUCCAACUGGCAGCCUGGAUCGCUAUGCAAAAUCCCUGCUCCAUGGAAAAUGCUAUGAUAGGUGGUUUGACAAGUCCUUUUCUGUGGUGGUAUAUAAGAAUGGAAAGAUUGGUCUGAACGCAGAGCACUCAUGGGCCGAUGCCCCUGUUGUGGCCCACUUGUGGGAGUAUGUUUUAGCCACAGACAGCUUUCAGCUGGGCUAUAAUGAAGAAGGCCAUUGCAAAGGAGACAUUGACCCUACUCUGCCACAUCCGCAGAGACUUAGCUGGGACAUCUCGCGAGAGUGUAAGGAGCACAUCUCCAGGUCUCUUGCAGUGGCACAGGUACUUGCAGAUGAUGUGGACUUCCACGUUUUUCCCUUCAGGGACUUUGGCAAAGGAAGAAUUAAGAAGUGUCGAAUAAGUCCAGAUGCCUUCAUUCAGCUGGCUUUGCAGCUUGCAUAUUACAGGGAAAGGAGGACGUUUUGCCUUACUUACGAGGCCUCCAUGACUCGCCUUUUUAAAGAGGGACGAACAGAGACGGUUCGAUCCUGUACCAGCGAGAGCUGUGCCUUUGUCAGAGCCCUGGACAGUGGAGAGGAUGCAGAUCAUUGUAAGCGCCUCCUCCGAUUGGCUGCAGAGAAGCACCAGAACCUUUACCGAUUGGCCAUGACAGGAUCUGGUAUCGACAGGCACCUCUUCUGCCUGUAUGUCGUUUCAAAAUACCUUGGUGUGGAGUCACCUUUCCUGAAAGAGGUGUUGUCACAGCCUUGGCGUCUAUCCACCAGUCAGACCCCGUUCCAGCAAGUAGAGCUGUUUGACUUGGUCAACCAUCCGGAAUACAUCUCCUGUGGGGGAGGCUUCGGACCGGUGGCAGAUGAUGGUUAUGGGGUGGCCUACAUCAUUGUAGGAGAAAACAUGAUAAAUUUUCACAUCUCCUGCAAGCACUCCUGCUCGCAAACUGAUUCUCGUCAGUUUGGUGCCCAAAUAGGAAAAGCUCUUCUGGACCUUCUGUCACUGCUCAGUUUUGACCAAAGAGCACCAGCCAAAACAAGGAACACAGAGGCAAAGAAAACGAUGUAAAGGAAUCGAUAUGGAGCCAUAAAAACAGCUGAGAUGGCAGAAUGAAAGGAGACCAGGGGGAUAGGGGUUGAUUAUUGGUGAUUAAUGCAGUAGGACGGGAACUUUAAUGAAGUAGACUGAGUGAAGCCAUUCAGGUCUGGAGAACCAAAAGAACCGUGUGAGAUAGUGUUGGGGAAACUGGACAAGAAACAUAAUGGUCAUCGUGUCCCGUUUUUCAAGGUUUAAGUACAGGCCAGCAAUGGGUCAAUAAAAGAGAACUGUACCGAAGGGAAAUGAACGGAAAGUCAGCUGUGAAAAGGUGUGAGCAGGUAACACAGAUGUUAGGAAGGGGAGAGAACAGCCCUGUAACCUGACUCAGAGAUAGCCAGCACCCCCCAGCAGGGACCACAUGGAAUCUCAGCUAGGGGGCUGAUGCUGAUGGAAGCAGAACUACUUCAGGUUCCAAUUGUAAAAGCGUGCCAGUAGAAAUCAGGAAGUGUGGCAUGUGGAGGGACCCUGCGGUCGUAAGGAAAACUAGAUGAGAGGGCAGAAAUGGAGAAACGUGAGGAAAGACAUGCAGGACGAAAUGAAACCUACAUUUUCAAACUUCUUUUGUUUCGAUUACUAGAAGCCAUAUAUAGACCACGCACAUGAAUAGCCCAUGCUGUUAAAGACACAGUUACUACAGUGAACCACACAUUUUAAAGGAUUAGAUGUGUAACCUAACUUGUAGUGUGGUAUUCCUUGGAAUUCUAUCAAGAAUUUUAAUUUGAGUGUUAAUAGUAUUAAAUGUUUACCAUCAGUUUUGGUAAUAAUGCAAUUUGACACAUUGCUGACUUUGAUUCCAUAUGCUGUUUUGCAUAUGUCCUUAUGAUUGUUUUCUUCCAUGAUUAUUCCAUGGUGCUUAUCACCAUGAGAAAUGUCAGGAGUAUUACACAGGCCUCAUUGUUUCAGUCCUUCCGGUCCUGCUCAGUAGUCACAUAGAGUAAAACCAGUUUGCUCUUUUUAUCUCCUCCCAGAGCGAGACAAUAAAAGAACUAUAGGAACAAUGAUCUCUUCCACUCAUUUUAAGCAUUUUUAUAUCAAAAUAAUUGACAUUUUCAAUUUUAUAAAGAAUUAAUAGCAGUUUAAGAAUGCUCAUCGUGUUGUAUAUAAAUUAUUAAUAAUCAUAAAGGUAUACAUGAGCAGCGGUUUUAUAUGGCAGCUGUUUUAUGUCGAAUACUGAAAGUUAAGUCCUCAGUGGGGAGAACAAGCUUUGAUAAGAGACCUCAAGAGUGGCUAUUCUGUUCCAGGCCAGUUAUGUGCAUGUUUUCUCUUCUUAGAGGGUUGAUGAAAAGCUCACUGUGAGGGAUAUUCCACUUCUCUGAAUGGACAAAGUCACUUCACAGAGCUGUACAGAUACUGUGCAUACUUGGGUUGAUGUUUUUAUUUUAUUUUAUUAUUUCAAAUAUUGUAUAUUUUUGAUCAGUUAAAUGCAAAAGAAGCUUCUAGUAGUUUCUGGAAACGUGUUUAUGCUCACUGUGCAUUUUUAGCCAUUCUGUCGAUUGCGUGUGUCCCACUGCUGCUGCUUUUCUGCAUUACGCCUAUACUGUACACUGUAUGUAUGUUUUUUCCCUUUUUGUAAUUUAACACAAUAUUUUCUUCACAACUUUCACUAUUAGGAUGGAAACGGUUGAAUGUUUUGGUACAAUCUUUUUUUAAAAAAAAUUUUUUUUUUUAAAUUACUUGUCCUUUACAAAUCCCUUCACAGUUCAAAAAUGUGGUUAAUCGAAGCUGUCAGAAAGCCUGUAGGUGUGACUGUGUAUGAGAAUGAUAUGUGUGCCCUGCAAUGGGUUGCUGUCCCAUCCUGGGUUGUUCUCUGCCUUGCAUCCAUAGCUUCCAGAAUAGGCUUUAGACCAACACGACCCUGCAUAUAAAAAAUAGAUUCAGGGAAAAAUGUUGGGUGUAAAAAAAUAGAUGGAUGGAUCUUUCACAAAUAAAAGGAACAGCAAGAGACAUCCUCGUUGGUGUAGGUGAGUCCCUGUGUUUGUUUUUUAUAUGGGAGGACUCAGUGGUCAGAUUGCAGAUUUCAGUUAAAAUGAACGUGGUAUAGAAAACUGAUGAGAGGGAAUAUGAGAGUGAUAGACAGACCAGUUGGGUGACUGUAGUUUUGUGGGUACAGCGGAGGUCUGUGGUAGUAAAAUACGAGUAAAGUUAUAAGGUGAAUUUUAUGGUUUACCAGUCAAUAUACGUCCCUAUCUUCAUCUAUGGUCAUGGCCUACAGCAUGUGCAUAUGACCAGAAAUCAAGGUUGCACGUUCAAGAUGCCAAAAUGAGGUUUCCCUGCAAGCUCGCAGGACUCCCUCCCCAUGACAAGGUAAGGAUUUUGGAAAUUCAGAAGGACCUCCAUCAGGUAUAGAGGAGUCAGGCUCUGGGAAUCACUCAGGAAACACGGGAAAUUGCAUCAUCUGGUUGAUUUAGGAAUAUCUUGGGAUUUCCCACAAUAAUCUAUUGGCCAUAUGAACUGGAUGGUAUGCUGUCAGGAUAUGACACUAAGUAUUUUUGAUCACAGUGGAUUAUGUAGGUUCCGGGUGGCAUUGUUUUCUUCCCAGAAUGAUAUUUGUAAGUGAUCAUCCUGUAAGUCACCAUAUGCAAAACAGUUCAUGAAACUUUCAGAAUGACUCAUGACACAAAUUGCUGUAAUAGAGCGGUUUAGUAUUUUUGGUUACACAGCACAUGCCUUUGUGGUCAUUUUAUUUUUUGUGUUAUACAGUGCUGUGACUUGUUUAUUAUUCUGCUGUAUUGAACUGUGUAAUGAGACUUUGGUGCGGAUGUGAAUUAAUGCUUUUUCUUACCAGUGACCUUCACAUACUGUAACAUAGAGCCUUGCAAUGUUGAAUCUGGUGUCUCAAAAUGAAUAAAAAAACAGCUUGCUAAAGAAACAUGUUUAGUCAGUAUCAAUGAGAAGGUAAGAAUUGUGGAGAUCAGGGGCAUAUUUAAACUGGCAGUUUCAUAAUAUGUCUAAGCAUGUUGUGUUUUGAUUUGUAUGAUGAUGGUACUUUUAAUUUUAGUGGCACAAACUUCAUUCAUAGAAUCUUUUUAUUUUGAGCUAUGACUUCAUUGUUUUGGCUCAGUUAUGGCUGCUUGCAGUUUAACCAUUCUGUUAAGGCUUGAGGCCUGUUAUAGAAGAGCACUUUCUGUGUUUAGACUAAUUCACCCCGCUUUCCAGAGUUAUAAACCCAUUUUGGUGCAUUCCUCUUUGUUCUUUCAUUAGCCCAUCCCUUACAUUGAAUGAAUUAAUUAUUAUGUGUGUUGUUAAACAUAGAUAUCAAAUUAUUGUAGUAAUCCCAUGUUAAGCACAAAUUGUGAUUUACAAAUGUUAAAUUGAGAAUGUUACUCUAGGAAUUUAAUGACCACUUAAACCAAUUUAGAAUUACUAUGUACCGAUGUGAAUAAUCAACAUCUACGAUAUAUUUUAAAUUAUGAAUUAAUUUAUGCAGAUCAUACGAUGUGUAAACCUGCAGAUUGCGAUGUCAAGUUUGGUGUCAAACUCACAGAGAAAUCCUUAUAAACAACGGAAACGACUAAGAACGGCUCCAGACCUUGCCCCCCCCCCCCCCAAAAGAAAAGAAACUCCAUCUUUUCAUCAAUUCAUCCUCCCCAUACAAGCUUCCAGAGACUCCUUCCGCAACCAAGUAAACUCCAUGUCAUUCACUUGCUAAUCCAGUGUUUCCCAACCCAGUCUUCGGGGACCCUGGACAGUCAAUGUUUUUGCUUCCUUUUAACUCCUAGUGCAUGUGUACCAGGUAUUUGAUGUUCCUGAUUGGCUGGGAGCUGGGCGGGAGCAAAAACAUGGGCCGUUCGGGGUCCCCGAGAACUGGGUUGGGAAACACUGUGCUAAUUCAACCUAUUUUGUUUAUCUGUUUUAAUUUUGGGUCGCACUUCUAGGAUCAAGUGCUUGCUGUGCAGAACCGUAUUUCCUUUAACAUGGGACCCAUUUCAAUUGUUGCUGCUUCCCAUAUUCCAUCUUGCUUAUUGGUUUUAUUCUGUUUUAAUCUGUUAUUUUGUCCUUGUUUCAUGUUAACUGUCUCGUGUGUUAAUUGUAGUGUUAGGAAUAAAUGUAUGCAUUUAUACACUUCUGUAUAAAUCUCUGUGUCAUGACCUGAUCGUACGAUCCUCCUGUGCCACGCCCUCUCGUUUACCUCGUGUGGACUCCCAGUGUUUAUAAGCUGUUUAGAGUUGUCUUCGUUAGUUCUGUGUAUUUAAGUCCACGUCAGAGUAUGUUUCCCUACUUCUGUCAUUGUAGUUUUGUGGACUGUGAUGCCCCUUCAUUUAUAAAUUAAAUAUUUUAUUUUACUCCA